AUGUCAUACGUGCAGACAGAGGAGGAUCAGGACCUAGAGCUGACUGAUGAUCUUCUCAAAGUCUUUAUACCAUCGCAUUACACAAAGUCUGCUAGUGGCGAAGCGGUAACGUUGCAGGCACCUUUGUCUUUGCAGCGGCGCAAGCAUGAGUAUAUCGAACGACAGCAUACAAUGACAUCGCUGCCGCAACCGAUGUCUGCACGCAACACGAAUAGAGAUCAGUUCUUGGCCACAUUUAUCGACCGUCAACUCCCAUCCUGUAUGCUGACGUGCGGUCAUCUGAACGACCAUCGAAAAUGGCUUCUCCGCCUACCAGACAUAGCAGUAUUGACACCGGCCAUGGAAUACGCUAUCUUAGCGCUCAGUACCGCAGCCUUUGAGAGAGAUGGGGCGUUUGAAGGUCAAAGCCUAAAGCUUUACACUAGAGGACUAUAUGAGCUCCAAAAGGCGAUUGAUAAUCCCAAAACGAGAUUGGAUGACCAAACUCUUGCAGCUUGCGUCUUGCUAGGCAUGUUUGAGUUCUUAGAGUGUCCAGGGCGAACUGUUAGUGCAUACAUGCGACAUUACCAGGGAGCGAUGGCGCUACUUCAGCUUCGUGGACCUGAGCAGCAUAUUGGUGGUCUGGCCCAUGAUGUAUUUCAAGUACUCAGAAUGCACACUGCGUUUCAAGGUCUGGCCCAGGGGUAUCAGAAUGAACUAGCCAAGCCGACAUGGAUGGACGGACCAUGGAUCUCAAAAUCGAAGACUCUGCAUGACCUACUUCUCGAUAUGUUUCUUCGCGUCCCAGGGCUCCUAUUCAGAGCCAGAGCUGUUACAGCUUCACAACCAUCUCAAGCUACACCUAACGGCGGCGUAAAAGCUUUAACGGCAUUCUUAGGUGUCCAUGGGGAACUCAAUCAGUGGCUUGAUUUAUACCAAUACACCUACCCGACGACUCACUGGCCAGAGCUGUCAACAGCCAGUAGCUCGACAGACAGUGAGGAGCUGGGAAGACUCUACCCAGUAUCAUUCCAGUUUCCGUCCUACCAUAUAGCGGAGACUAUGAUACUCUACUGGACGAUACAGGUCUUGAUACAUGCUAGCACCUCCUCCCUGUACACUAGAUUAAGUUCUAGUGAGAAGGACGUCACAAUAUUUGAGGUUGAUGAUCUGUCACCUAAGGACAAUAACGGCAUUUCCCUUGCCGAAAUACAACGUGUACUCGAUGCAUCAGACGUCAUGUCAUGGCCAGAAAUGUCAGCUCGCUACGUCUGUCAGUCAGUGGAAUAUUUCUUCCAAAAGGAGUUUCGUAGCAUAGGCGCUGGCGUUGUUCUAUCACCGUUAUUGGUGGUCAAAGCAUGCCUCUCGAGAUCAGGAGACGACUUCUCCAGAGAAAUGACUUGGAUCGACGAGACGAUCGGGCACAUUCAGGGUAAUGGCGCUGGGUUAGCGGCUUUCGUUUAA